CUUUUUCCUCGUGUCAUUGAUUUUUGUUGUUUAAACGUUCUACGGAUGUAAAUUAUACUCUGGUUUCCCUUACGAAAUGUCGAUUGCGGAUGUGGAAACGGUUUCGUAGAAAUGUCACGGAAAUAACUGACGUUAGAUGCUUUACUGGCUCUUUAUCUUUAUUUUCAACGUUUUACUAGGCGAAGUAACUUUGAUUAAUCCUUGGUUUGGUUGUCCACAAGAUGAUAUUUGGGAUACAAAUUGCCCUGAUGGAUGGUUUAAUUUUGAAGCUAACUGUUACUCAUUUUUUGUUCAAGAUCCAUCAAAUUAUCUGGCAGCAAGAAAAAAUUGCGAGUCACACGGUGGAUUAUUGCUCCGUAUCGACACAUUAGAAGAACAUCGGUUUGUAGCUGACAGGCUAAACGAUAUUGCCGUCAAUCGAUCUUUACGCUGGUACACAGCUGGCGUCAUGCGCUCAGACUCCUUUGGUGAAUUUAUGUGGGAGGGUCAUCCACUGAGUUACCAGAGUGUUAGGUCGGAGUUACUACAUCUGUGGCUUGACGCUAUACCUAAGCCUGCCGAACGCCCAACAUUUCCGAAGGAUCGUACACGUCUUGUUUAUGGUACUGAUAGAAAUCGCUGGGGAUGGUAUCUGGAUACACCGACUGCACGUAGGGGUCAUAUUUGCCGUGCUCCCGUUGCAAAUGCCAAUCAACUUCUGCCCCUCUCGAAGUCCCUUGCAUAUGGAAGCGAUUUUCCGAACAGGAUCGCUCGAGGUCCUUGUUUCAUUGUUCAUCCUAAAGACGUAUUAUACGUUCAUCAUAUGAGUACUGAAAAGUAUGCGGAGUUGCGUUGUGAAGCAAACGGUAACCCUCAACCGACCUAUAAAUGGUAUUAUGUUAGCACUGAAAUGAGGACGAACAGUACCGGUGAUACAAUCACAAUUUUGCAUCGAACACUUAUUGACGCAGCAGCUGAACCAUCUGGUCGCAUUUCUAUUAGUGCGGGAUCUUUAGUUAUUCACAAUCCCGAUACUUCAACUGACUCACAAAUGUUUCAGUGCGAAGCUAAGAAUAUUUAUGGAUCCAUUCUCAGUCGAACGGCAAGGAUUAUAUUUGGACAGCUCGAAACAGCACCUAAGCAGCCGCGAAAUGAGAGGAUAGUGAUGUCACAUCAAAGUGAGACUUUGCCAUGUGAACCCCCCGCUCAUUCGCCUCCAGAUAGUUUACUUUAUACCGUGUAUAUGAACAAGAAUGGUGAACUGGAACCAGUUUUACCAGAAUAUCGUAGAAAUUUAUUUAUUUCUCAGGCAAAAGGCCUUAUUGGCUUUUCUGAGGUUACAGUGGUGGACAGUGGGGUCUACGUUUGUAUGAUAACAAUGCAGUUUGACGGCCAUCGUAUGUAUGAUUCACCGAAACUUCCAGAUAUGCCUUUCACUGUGCGGUAUAGUAAUGAGCCGAGACAAGAUCCGAGGAUAUAUGAUGAUUUCCCAGCUGUUUGGCCAACAAAUCCUCAACGUGGUCAACUUGUUCGCCUGGAGUGUUUUGCUGCUGGUUACAGUCAACUGGACGGUCUUAAAUACUCGUGGCGUAGAUUGGAUGGUGCACCUCUUCGAACAGAUAGUUUAAAAGAUUAUGAUCGUGUAAUUGAACUACCAAAUGUACAACCUGAAGAUCAAGGCGAAUAUGAAUGUAAUGUUGAAGAUUCACUUGGAAAGAUGGCUAGACCUAAAACUUUAAAUCUGAAAAUCACCGCUAAACCAUAUUUUACAACACCUUUACAAAAUACUGUUGUUGAUAUAAAUUCUGAUGUGUUUUUAACAUGUGAAGCAUCUGGUAUUCCAAAUCCUACACAUGAAUGGUAUAGAAAUGAUAUAACAGUGAGUCAAUUAAUUGCUACUGGUAAACUCAAUCCAACUCAAUAUACUAUAAUACGUGAUGGUCCAACACGUUCAACUUUACGUAUUCAAAAAGUUAAACUUUCAGAUUCUGGUAUGUUUACUUGUUUAGCAUGGAAUAGUUUGGGUAGUGAAGCUUCAUCUGCUGAAGUACGUGUAUUAGAAUUAGCACCAACAUUUCGCAAACAUCCUGUUAUGCCUAAUGAAGGUAUGGUUGGAAGCACUGCAGUCAUGGAAUGUCAACCUGAAGGAGCUCCUGCAAUGACUGUAGAGUGGCUUCAUGAUGGAACUGUUCUAACUACUAGUGACAGUUGGUUAGAUCCGGAAACGGGAACUGCAAAUUGUGCAACUAAAUACUGCAAACUUCCUAGUAAAAAUUUAUUAAUCGUUGAUCUUGUGGAAUCAGAUGCUGGACAAUAUACUUGUAUUGCAAAAAAUACUUUAGGUCAAGCAGAAUCAAGUGCCUUAUUAACAAUAAUUCCACAAUUAAAAAUGAGCUUAACACCAAUUUCACGUGUUGUCUAUCGAAAUUCCACUGUACUUCUGCCUUGUCGUGUUCAAAGUUCAUCAUAUUUAGAUGUGAAUUAUGCAUGGUAUUUCGAGGGUGUAAAUCUUAAAUUUGACCGAUUAGAUUUAGAUGCUAGACGAUAUGAACUUGCUCAACUUUACAGACCAUAUGGAAAUUAUUUUGGGACAUUGAAAAUAGUUAAUGUUCAAUUUGAAAACUCUGGAAAUUAUACAUGUGCAGCAGAAACUCCAUUGAAUUCACAAUCAUCUAGUGGUGUUAUUCGAAUAGCAGGACCCCCUGGACCAUGUGGCGGUGUUGUAGUUGAUCCUCAUGUUGGAGUGGAUCGAGUAAAUGUUAGUUGGGCUGUUGGUACAUCACAUUUAUUUCAAAUAUUAUAUUUCCAAAUUGAAGCUAAUGCGAUGUAUGAUCCACCUAAUCAAUGGACGAUUAUGGCUUCUAAUGUUAGUGUAUCUAGUACAAAACUGCUUAAACCAUCAGAUCGUCGAAUGACUGUCGUUAGCAAUUUAGCUGCUAAUAUGGCUUAUAGAAUACGUGUACGUGCAGGGAAUGCUUUAGGUUUAGGUGAACCUAGUCCACCAAGUUUAUCUUUUACUACUUUACCAACUAAACCUACUUUAAUACCACAAAAUGUAACCGGUGGUGGAGGCAAACAUGGAACAUUAGUAUUUAAAUGGAUACCAUUAAAACGUGUCAAUGAAAAUGGGCCAAAUUUUCAUUAUAGAGCUCAUAUUAAAGCUAAAGAAAAUGCAGAAUAUUCUAUUCAUGAUUUAUGGACAGCUAAAAUGUCAGAUGAUGGAAAAUUUUUGCAAUACACAUUGACACUUGGUGAUAAUCUAUUUUACAAACCAUAUGAUGUAAUGGUACAAGCAGUUAAUAGUGAGGGUGCUGGCCCUUUAAGCGAGCCAGUAACAGUUAUGUCUGCUACUCGUGUGCCAACAAAUGCACCAAGUGGUGUAACUGCUGGAGCAUUCAAUUGUUCCUCUAUUCGUGUUUGGUGGUAUCCACCUCUUCCAUCAGAAGGUGAAGGUCCUACUUGGGGCUAUCGAAUUUUGUACUGGCCACGUAUAUCUGAUUGUCGUUCACUUGAAUCAGAUCGUGCCAGACAUCAACUUGGUCAACGUCAAACAGUUCAUGGUGAUGUGACAGAAGGUUUAAUUAUUGGAUUAGAUGCUGAUACUUAUUACUGUAUUGCUGUGCAAAUAUUUAAUAGUGCUGGAGAUGGUCCUGAAUCAAGCUUCACAGAACAAACAACAUUUAAAACAGCUCCACGUGAAUUUCCCACUAUGGUUACUUUAAAUGCAACGGGUAUACCAAAUACUAUUCGUGUUUCAUGGGUGGGAAUUCAAGCUAGACCAAAUGAAGAAUCAGUGGAAGGCUACUGUAUUCGUUAUUGGCCAACUGGCUCUCAAUUCAAACGAACUUUCAAAGAUAUUAAUGUUGGACUCCAAACGUUUGGUUACGUUAGUGAUUUAAAAACUGAUGUAAGAUAUAAUUUACGCGUAUAUGGUUAUAGUCGUGGAGGUGUUGGUACUAUGAGUUCACCAGUAAACCAAUUUCAAAUCAUUACUAAAGAAAAAUGCAUUCCUGGAGCAACUUGGGAUGGUCCCGAUUUUCGGUAUAAUUUCAUAUGUAAAGGUCAUCCUAUUCGAAUAUCAUCAACCGUUACAAUAUUGCUCAUAAUUUUAUGCAUAAUCUUUAAAUACUGUUUAUAGUACUCCUUUCUUCCAGUGUAAAGUUUAUUAUAUAUAUAUAUAUAUCUUUACAGAUAGGUAAUCAAACAAUAAAAUAAUGUGUCACUUUUAUAUGGAUAAAUAAUUUUAUAUACUUGGAUACUUUAUAUAAUAAAAAAGAGGUCAAAAACGGCUUGUCCGUUUAAUGUGAAAAAAGUAAUGAUUCCACAUUUAUUUCCAUGACACAUUUGUGGCAGUGUUUUUAGGGAGUUUUAUGAAAUAAGACAACAAUGGAUUGAGAUAUUUCAGGUGUUAUCUUCUCUUAUAUUGACACAAUAAAAUAAAAAAUGCUCUCUACAAGAAUAAAUUUUAAGAGUGCGUUAUAUAAUAGCAUCCCUGAUGCAGUCACCCUACGUUUUCAAAUAAAGUUUCGGAAAGUAUUUUAGAGAAAUGUAAUAUGAAUAAUAUCUGAUUGUGUGUUAUUUCCUUUAGCAAUGGCAGAUGUAAUUUCUUGUUUUAUGUACUUUCUCGUUGUAAGAAAGGACUUUUGUGGUGAUAUAAAUUGUGAUUUUUUUUGAA